UCUACAUGGAUAUUGUCUCGAAGAUUCGAAUAUCGUCUCUAUUUCCGUGAAACGGAACCCCGCCAAGAUCGUUUGAAUUGAAUCAUGUCCGAGUCGAGCCUGCAUAUUGAUCGGGCCGGUCAACGAUACUCAAUGGUCAUUUCGCAGGUGGUGUCGUAUUCAGUCUCGUGGCAAGCUCUGAGAUCAUCUUCGUAUCUGCCCUGCCGUUUCGCGCACUAUUCUUGCAAACCAAAUGAUCUUGCGAGAUACACAUGUAUCUCCCGAUGUACCCUCGAACCCCGUGCCGUAGUGUUAUAUUCCUUCUCUGCGCUGUCUCUUGCUUUCGCUUCCACGAAGUGACGACUGCAGGAGACUGAGCUUCAGCACGCCUCACCGGAUUUUCCCAGGGUUGUUUAGACAUUGGCGGCAAUCGGUCCUUUCCACCUCUGAUCAUACACAAAUCGUUGGCAGCGAAAGACUAGCGCUCUGGCAG